UUGAACAAUGGCAGGAAGUUGGUGUGCUGUUCAGUCUCUGGCACUUUGUGUUUGGAUCUGUGCUUUCUGUCAUGCUGUUCCAAAAUGGAAUCUGCCCCAGAAUCCUCAAACUCUGAUGUUUCAGCAAACUGACCAGCGGUUUCAACAGCCAGUUCAACAGCAAGCUAGUCAACGGUUUCCUCAGCAGUUUCAACAGCAAGCUAGUCAACAGUUUCCUCAGUCAGUUCAACAAGCUAGUCAACAGUUUCCUCAGCAGUUUCAACAGCAAGCUAGUCAACAGUUUCCUCAGUCAGUUCAACAAGCUAGUCAACAGUUUCCUCAGCAGUUUCAACAGCAAGCUAGUCAACAGUUUCCUCCGUCAGUUCAACAACAAGCAAGUCAACAGUUUCCUCAGCAGUUUCAACAGCAAGCUAGUCAACAGUUUCCUCCGUCAGUUCAACAACAAGCUAGUCAACAGUUUCCUCCGUCAGUUCAACAACAAGCUAGUCAACAGUUUCCUCCGUCAGUUCAACAACAAGCUAGUCAACAGUUUCCUCCGUCAGUUCAACAACAAGCUAGUCAACAGUUUCCUCCGUCAGUUCAACAACAAGCAAGUCAACAGUUUCCUCAGCAGUUUCAACAGCAAGCUAGUCAACAGUUUCCUCCGUCAGUUCAACAAGCUAGUCAACAGUUUCCACAGCAGUUUCAGCCUAAGCAGCCAGUGGCACAGGAAGAGCUCCUUGACAAAUGUGCUGUAGCUGAUUAUGAGCAGAUCCAAUGUGGACCACCUGGUAUCAGUGGUGCUGAGUGUGCAGCCAUCAACUGCUGCUUUAAUGGACCUCAGUGUUACUAUGGGAAGACAGUAACUGUCCAGUGUAUAAGAGAUGGUCAGUUUGUGGUAGUGGUGGCUAGAGAUGUUACGCUGCCUCGAUUGAGCCUGGAUUCAGUCCGUCUCCUGGGUGGAAAUGAUCCACCUUGCAGUCCUGUCGGAUCCACACCUUUCUUUACUAUAUACCAGUUCCCUGUCACUGCAUGUGGCACAAGCAUGAUAGAGGACAGUGGAUAUGUGGUGUAUGAAAACAGAAUGACCUCCUUGUAUGAAGUGGGUAUGGGACCACUUGGUUCCAUCACAAGGGAAAGCCAUUUUGAGCUUCUCUUCCAGUGUAGGUACUCUGGUACUUCUGUGGAAGCUCUGGUUGUGGAGGUUAACACCGUUCCUCCACCUCCACCAGUAGCUGCUCCUGGACCCCUCAGGGUGGAGCUUAGACUGGCAAAUGGUCAAUGCAUCACCAAAGGCUGUGCUGAAGGAGACGAGGCGUACACUUCCUACUACAGUGAUGCUGAUUAUCCAGUUACAAAAGUCCUGCGGGAGCCUUUGUAUGUUGAGGUGCAUAUUUUGGGAAGGACCGACCCCAACAUUGUCCUGAUGCUGGGACAUUGCUGGGCGACAUCUACCCCCAGUCCACUCAUUCUACCCCAAUGGGACCUUCUGGUUGAUGGAUGCCCUUACCAGGAUGAUCGUUACCUGACCACAUUGGUUCCAGUGACUGGAUCAUCUGGUCUUCAGUUUCCAACCCACUACAAGCGCUUUGUUGCGAAGACGUUCACAUUUGUAGAUUCAGAGUCACUGGCUCCUCUGCAGGAAACCAUCUUCAUCCACUGUAGUACAGUGGUGUGCCAUCCCUCUUCUGGCUCCUGUGAGCAAAGCUGCUCUAGGAAAAGAGGUCAUAGGAGGUCAUUCCUACAAAAGCAAUGGAAGAACAUGAUCAAUGUGGCAUGGCUGGAAUGA